UCAGGACCACCACCAACUCUACGGAUGACCCAAGAGGUACCUCUGGCGGCACUUCAGCUCUAAAUGCACCACAGAUGACCUGGGAGGUACAUCCGGUGGCACUUCCAACUCAAGACAUCACCCAGAAGACAACCCCGCCACUUCCAGGAGAACUUUUAUCUCCUAACACUGCCCGAAGGACAUCGUCGCCACCUCCAGAAGCACUUUUAGCUCCAGACACUGUCUGGAGGACAUCCCCGCCACCUUUGGGAGAACUUCCAGCUCCAGACGUCACCUCGAGGACAACUUUGCCACCUUCGGGAGCACAUCCAACUCUAAAACUUACCUAGAAAGUAGCCCUCACAACGACGCUACCUCCGAGGGCGAUAAGGAAUGUAGAUCCACCACGUCCACUACCUCUGGAUGCAUCAUCAGCUACGGAAAGGGCCUUAAAAGAUCCACGGGCUCUGAGGGGGCCAACUCUGUCAAAUUGGGCAAACCAGCACCAACCCCUAUACGGCCCGAAGGACACGCAGAAAUACCCUCACCGCCGCAGCCAAUUAUCGAUUCACAAGUGAUUGAAGAGGCAGUCCGAAGAAUAUACGGCAACCCCGUCCGACUGCCCGCAAGGCCAUAAUAUCAACGGCCAUUCUCGGAUCAGAUCACCGUCUAUAUGAACCGCCGUUGCUCCGACGAACUAGUGGAAACCCCCCGAUCGGAGAAAAUUGACUUCAAUCGGAAGCGGAAGACGUCAGCCGACCACCACCAUCACCACCACCACGACAAGCACAAGCAUGGAAGUAGUAAGAGGACCAAGACGCCCUCGUCCGAGAAGGUUAGGGCUUCGCACAUUUUGAUUAAGCACCAAGGCUCUCGCCGUAAGUCGUCCUGGAAUGAUCCCGAGGGCCACCUCAUCUCCGCCACCACCCGCGAGGAAGCCGUCGCUCAGCUAGAGGGGCUCCGCGCGCAAAUCGUCUCCGGCGACGCCACCUUCCAGGAACUCGCCAGGCAGCACUCUCACUGCAGCUCCGCCAAGCGUGGCGGAGAUCUUUGUCCAUUUGGGAAGGGUCAGAUGCAGAAGCCUUUUGAAGAGACAACAUUUGCACUACAAGUUGGGGACAUUAGCGACAUAGUGGACACCGACAGCGGAGUUCAUAUCAUUCUGAGAACUGCCUAAUUGCCUGCUGGAAGCUUG